AUGUCUAAUUCUUCUCACAUGCACAAUGUUUGUGUGUGUGUUUGUGUGUUUAAGGGUAUUGAAGCAGCAGCAAGGAAACAAGGGCGACACAAGCUCAGAGUUUGGCUGAAAAUCUGCUCCAAUGGCUUGAAAAUUGUGAAUGAGAGAACCGGGCUUGUUGUUCAAGGUCAUGACAGGAGCAAGAUCAGCUCACUGACAAAAGAUGAGUCCGACCCCAGAGCUCUGGCCUACAUCUACCAACAUGAAGAUUCAUAUGUCCUUUUCUACUUCAAGAUGGCCAACCUGGCUUAUCCAGUCCUUCUUGACAUCAAGGAGGUUUGUCAGAGAGUGGACCAGGUGACCCCACAGGAACCUGCAGAGCCACAGAACAUGUCCUUAGUCCUUUUACAUGACAGUUCAGCUUCUCCAGCUCAGGUUGCAGCUCUCAAAGAUGCUAGUCCACAACCUGACCCUUUACCAGGACUGUCAAACCAGACCUCUUCAAGAAAUGAACUGAUGGAGCUGUUUUUACCUCAGCAGGAGGAGCCCCCAUCAACCAUCCAGAGCUCAUGUGCCUAUCAGCCAGAAACUCCACAGCAAACAGUGUCUGCUGCUCAGAUCCUCUCCAUGUUCCCCACUCACCCAAUAGGGGGCUCUCCAUACUCCUUUCCAGCACACCUUCCCACCUCGAUGCCCUUGGGUCAGCAGGGGCUUUUGGAAAACCAGUGGGGGGGUCAGUGGCCCAUGACUGGUGGUAUGCCCGCCUGGGCACCACCAUGUGUUACAGUGCCCCCUCCAGGAGGCCAGCAGGCUCAGAGCGUUGUGCUCCCUCAAACUGGGUUCGUGGUAGGAGGAAGUCCCGGAGGCUCUCCUGCUACACCUCCAUACAUGAAUGGAUACCCCAUCCCUUUAAACUCUGCUUACCCUCCUACUGCAAAUACAGGAGCACCGAGAUCCCCCAGCUUGGAUAACCAGUCCCUCCUGUGA